AUGGAUGCAACGGACAGGCGAGAAGAACAAUCUUCUUUUACGGAAGAUUGCCAGCUUGAGCACGAUGAUUAUUUGGCCACUCUUCAGAAAAUUGUGAACCAUAAAGCUAACGCAAAGAUAGCUGUCGUUACAGAUAAGUUUGAGGUCAAGCGGCUUAGCCAAGCAAGAGCAUCUUAUGGCUGUUCUUGUGAUGAACUUCUGAUUCAGCUAAGAUCCUUGGAUAUCGGACUUCAUUUCAUCCAAAUUGAUGAAGAGCGAAAACAGAGGGAAGAAGAAAAAGCUGCAGUACGAACGGCUUCGUUAGGGCACCUUAAUAUUAUCAGUCGAGCGAUACGUACCGGUACUGAAGUGAAUUCAAAUUUAGUUACACAAGACAGUGACGACGUUUUAGGUGAGCAGAACAACCAAGAGGAAGUCGAAGUUAUUAGAGAUGUCGAAAGGGAAUCUAAAACCAAUGGCUCACUCGUUUCCUCAGUGGUUAUGCAAGAAGUCUCAAGUUCGUUUUUGCCAAAACAA